AUGCCAUCUUCAAUUCUUUAUGUAUUUAUAUCCAGCCUUGCUAGCUCAUCUCCUAUCUUAGAAAUCAAUCCGCUGCUUCGUAAUUUUCAGCCAAUAAUACAGCCUAUCCUAAAGCAACUGAAUCCAAAUUCUUCAAUCUCUUAUCUCUAUGAAGAUUCUUACAUUUUUCACUUCCAUAACGAUGCAAAUUAUACAUUUCUCUGCAUUACUGAUUCCUUAUUCUCAAAAGGGGCAGCACUCGGAUUUCUAUAUGAUUUGGAAGAGAGGUUUUUUAAGUGAAUAAAUGACAAAGAGUUUGAAUCAAGAAAGAGCCAUUUUGAAGAAAUAAUCAGAGCUCAGAUGGAAUAUUUUAGCAUCACCCCAGAUAAAAUAAGUGUUCUGAAAGAUAAAAUUGAGAAAGCUAAAGAAAUUAUGUCUGAUAAUAUUGAGAAGGUGAUUGAAAAAGGAGAAAAAAUAGAAAUUCUUGUUAAAAAGACUGAAAACAUUUGCACUGAUGCAGUCAGUUUGAGCAAUAAAACUAUAAAAAUGAGAAGAGCUCUCUAUUGGCAAAAUUUCAAAAUUAUUAUACAAAUCAUCAUUUGUGUUAUCCUAUUCAUGGGAUUUCCUGUUUUAUUGGCCUCAAGAGGACUAUCUUUUUCGAUUUUUAAUUAA